CCACUGAGACAUCACGUUGGCUUCAUUAUGAAAAGUCAAGUGGACAAGACUGAUGUUUUCGUCCAGUCACAUGUAGAAGAAGCGUUGGGACUAUUGCUGUUGACAUUCAUUCACUGGGUCGUUUUUUUUUUGAUACACUGAGACCCCGCAACGGCACCAUACGGGAGGAAUACCAAGGCACAUUUGGCUGCAAAAACAAGCAGAAAAUCAAUCAGAACUCCAUCAUGGGCUGCCCCCUCUUGCGGAACGUGUUUGCUGGUUUGAUCCUGGUUUUGCUGUCGAAAGGGUCCAGUGUGAACGCAGCAGAAUUCGGACACCUGCCGGACAACAUUACAGUUCUGGAAGGAGAAAGCGUCACUUUGAGAUGUCGGAUCGACGAGGAGGUCACCCACAAGGCCUGGCUGAACCGCUCAAACAUCCUGUUCACAGGGACAGAUAAGUGGUCGCUGGACAAGCGUGUGACGCUGGCCAACAGCAACAACAGUGACUUCUCCAUCCACAUCGACAAGGUCCAAAUAACAGACGAGGGGCCUUACACCUGCACCUUCCAGGCCAACAACAAGCCUCGGAUCGCCCACGUCUACCUCAUUGUCCAAGUGCCGGCCAGAAUCGUCAACAUCUCAAAAAACGUGUCAGUGAACGAAGGAGAGAAUGUAAACCUCUACUGUCUGGCAGUGGGGCGGCCUGAGCCAACCGUCACCUGGAAGGACCAGAAAUAUGGGCUGGUGAGUGAGGGGGAGUUCCUGGACAUCACAGAGAUCAAGAGGCAGCAGGCGGAGGACUACGAAUGUAUCACCAACAAUGGAGUAGCUCCGCCCGAUCAACACAAGGUUAAGGUCACGGUUAACUACCCUCCCAUGAUCACAGAAAUGAAAAACAUGCCAGCACAUUUGGGUAAAACAGCCAUCUUGCGCUGUGAAGCCAUGGCGGUCCCACCAGCUGCCUUCGAGUGGUACAGAGAUGACCAUAGGCCGGUAGAGAGUGACAACACCCUGAGGAUCCAAAACGAGAAGACGCGCUCGCUGUUGCUCUUCACCAAUGUGACAGAAAAACACUUUGGCAACUACACCUGCUUCGCCUCAAACCGUCUGGGGGCUUCCAACGCCAGCAUGCUGCUGUUUCGACCGGGGGCCAUACAUGGGCGAGGGACUGGUUUACAAGCAGGAGUGAGUGUUGGCGUGUGCGUUUGGAUUUCCCUCUCCUCUGUUCUUCUGCUGAAGGUGUAAAAAGAUCGAGCUCCACUUGGGAUAAGUCCUUCAACGUCUGUGAAAGCCCUGCCCCAACCCACCAAACCCCACCCCUCCCCACCUCUCUCUCUCUCUCUCUCUCUUCCCCCUCUUCGGAAGGAAAGAAGGAAAUGAAAUUCUUUAAUUACGAACCCAUCACUGUGAACAAAAAGAAUAUGCAUUAAUCCAGGAGCCAUUGAAUCAUCCCAUAGAACACACAAACCACAUCACCUCCCCACCCGAUGAAAACACCCACAAUUCAAUUUCGAGGUCAAACAUUGUCAUCAUCUCCUCUCCCCCCACUCUCUCUCUAUCUUCCCUAUACACACACACACACACCGUCUCUAUCUUAUGUCUCCCAGAAUGCCUUGCAGAUUUGUCUGACUUGGUACUUUCCCCCCCUCGCCUUUCAUUAUUACCACUCGACUGAUGUUGAUAGUGUAUAUCAAUGAUUAUUGUGUCAGUGAUCAAUGAGAAAAUAGGUAAUCUAACAAAUGGACGAUCAUUUAUGUAAUAUACUACACAGACUAAUGACUGACCUACAAUGUUUGCCUUAUGGAAAUGAUACAUAAGAUCUCAAUAUUAUGGUGGAUAUUUAUGGAAAUUAUAGGUUUAAUGUGGUACUGGCGGUCAUGUGACCUUUUGGAUAAUUGUUGAAUUGGUGGCCAUGUGAAGUGUCACCCUUUGAUCACACACUUUCACACACGUAUGGAUUUUUUUUUUUAAAUGUGUAGCAGUGAAGCUGCUAUGAAUGAUGUCAAAAUGUAAAAAAACAAAGGGUGGGUGGUGAUGGCGUCAGUCUCAAAACCCCUUUAUGUAACUCGGGGGGUUUCAACCAAGGUUCCGCAUGUGGACACCCUCACUACCCAAACCUUUUUAGCCCUCCCAGCCCGUCCUCUCUGUUCUACGUGCUCUGUCUAGUCCCCCCCUCCUCUCUCCUUCGCAUCACUAUAGUGUUCUCUGCUCCGUGUCACCCACCCUCCCUCUGUCUUCCUCCCCCCCUUCCAGUGUAAAUAUAUGCAGUACAGAGGCCACGCCGGCGACCUCAACUCGCCUGGCGCCGGACAACAUCUCCUAUAAGCCUCAACUUCAUUCCAGCUUUCUGAAGCAGAAAGAGACUGUCCAGUGACAACAAUAUCUUCUGUUCUGAAGCUGCGGCGGCUCCACCCUCUUUGUCGCUUGUUGAUAGCAUGUACCGGUUAGAGAUGUUCUUGUUGUGAGUCCAUACCCCCCCUCCUCUACCUCCCCCCUCCCCGCACUGUGUCUGUUCUCCUCUGCAAGGUUACCUGCUUUUACUUUUUUGGUGUUAAUAAUAGUACAGAUGAUGAUGAUGUUAAUAAGUAUUUGAAUAACUAUGAAUAGUAAUUCCAUGUGAGAUAUAAAAAAAAAAAAAAUCUGAUGGUAAUGAGCCGUGCGUGGGGAAAAAUAAUUUUUGUACUUUACUCGGAGAAGUCACACACAUUGAAGGAUGAAAAGAAACAAAACAAAACAAAAAAAAAGGUGUAAAGUUUUUUCGAAGUGAUGUGCUCUAUUUUGCCAUGACAAGCUUUUUAAAAACGCAUUUGAAACACUGAGGAUUUUAUUUCAUCCGAGUCCAGAAGCAGUGAAUGAUGAUGUAAAUUAUGAUUUGUAACACUUUAUUUCCUGGACUCUUUUUCUCAUGCUGUUGACUUCAUCACACACACAUUUACAGCAUAUCUGUCCAUGCAUCAAAGUGUGUCUCUCUCCGACCAGCUAGAUGAAUGAGUCAGAUUUGUGUCAGUCUCUGGUCAUGGCUGUGUGGCGGUUCUUGUUCGGCCAGACCACGGAGAGAUAAAGAUGUAAUUAGCUGUUACCUGUGGCUGGCUAAGUGAAGGAGCCCGGGCCCCGCCUGUCUCCCCCCGCCCUGCCAACCUGUGAUGGCCCCCAUAAAUCAAGCUCAAUCCUGCCACUGACAGGAAUCCUCUUCAAGGACAAUGUCGCCUCUGUGCGCCUGUACUCCCUCCAGUGUGUACCUGUGACAUGCAGGCAUGGGCACUACAAAACCCCCAUGGCACAAUUAUCCAUCCACCUCCCCCGCACAGCACAAACAGUGGGAGGUAAGCCCGUAUUUCAACACGGCGGCACUCGUUUCUCCGCUGAAACACUGCUCCACUCACAUGCAGGGACUAUAUGCAAAUUUGCCAUAACGAGCCUGCACGGAGAGAUGAGUUUACCCCGGCUGAACCCAGACUACUGCGACCUUAAAGGGGAAUUACUCAGUAUUAAAUUGUCUGAAUGUGUUUCUGUUUUAUUUUUGUUUCAAACCAGCAAUAACCCCUAACUCUACUGUGCAAGAGGUAUCAGAUAUGGUUAAAGCUGUGGUGUAAUAUCUGAAAAAUUUAACAAGGUAUAUCAAAUGAGUCUGUUGUUGUACUUUUACUGUGUACAGUACUCUGAAAUGAUUGUGAAGCUCUGUUUAAAUGGCCCUUAAUCUAAAAAAAAAUACUACAUGUUGUACUCAAGAAGUCUUGCCCUCUGCGAUGUAGUCGGGUUGUCUGUGUGACAGAACACACACUAUUUGUGCAUGCAUCUUGUUGCUCCAAAAUAAUGACAGAUUCCAUUCCAAGCACAAGAGCAGGUUGUUUGGUCACUGCUUCCUUUUUCUGUCUCAGACACAUCCUCCUACUUUCUUUCGAGACAUCUUUCAUGCUGCUUUUUUUCUUUCAGUUUCCCACACACUCACAUAUGUUGUUCUGUACACUGUUCCAUGUCAGCGUCCUCACUGGGCAUGUAACAUCUGUGUGUACAUUACCUGUCCUUGAUGAAGAAAAGAACAAAAGCUAAAGAAACAUCAAAAGAGUAAAAAAAAAAAACACGGUCAAAAAAAUAACAUACUGUCAUGUUUCUCAAUGUGGGUUUUGAAAAAAGCACGUCAUUGUUGGUGUAAGGGUGGAUCUUGAAAAAAGAAAAGCAAACAUUGUAUGUUCUGUUCAAGUUUAUGGGUUGAUGGUCCAUCUGGAGGCUAAUCAGACAAUAUGAUUUGAAAUCGUGGUGUUUGAAUUGACAGAAUGUGGGCAUUUUUGUAUAAACAAACAGCUAAUGAA